AUGUUAAUUUUUAGAAGAUUGUAUAAAUUCUCAUCAUGUAAAUAAAUGACGAUUAAACCCUAGAAUUUAAAGAAUCCACUCUGACUGCAAUUUCACCUCUUGAUGGAAGAUAUGCCACUCAAACAGCCCCAAUUAAGGACUAUUUUAGUGAGUAUGCAUUAAUGAAGUAAUAUAAUUGUUUUCAUUGUAGAUAUCGAAUCAAAGUGGAAAUUGAAUGGUUAAAGUUUUUACAUUCCAAGAGUAUGAUAAAACAAGGGAAUUCGGUUUUGAAUUUGACAGCUUUGGAUUUGACUUAUUUGGAUUUGAUUUAUGAUAAAUUCGAUGUAACCAAAUCAUUCAGAGUUAAAUAAAUAGAAAGUACAACCAAUCAUGAUGUUAAAUCAAUCGAAUAUUACAUCAAAGAAGAAUUGGACAAGAGUAUUUAACUGUUAUGACAUAUUUAGAUCCAAUAUUGCAUUCAAUGAAAGAAUAUGUCCACUUCUGUUGUACAAGUGAAGACAUUAACAACAUUGCUUAUAGUUUAAUGAUGACUGAUGCCAAAAAUAACCUAUUAAUGAAAUCAUUAGAAGGAGUCAUUAAUAAAUUAGUACAAUUAUCACACGAUCAUCACAAUGUUCCCAUGUUGAGUCGAACACACGGUCAAGUUGCAUCUCCAACUACGGUUGGUAAGGAGUUUGCAAACUUUGCUUAUAGAAUCAGAAAUCAUUCAGAAUUAUUGAGGAAUCUAAAAUUUGAGGCCAAAUUGAAUGGUGCUGUUGGAAAUUACAAUGCUCAUUUAUUAGCAUAUCCAAAUUAUGACUGGCCAAAUCUAAGCAAAUAAUUCAUAGAGGAACUCAAACUAAAACACAAUCCUUUCACCACUCAAAUAGAGCCUCACGAUAGCGUAGCACUUUAUUACUCAUAUCUCAAUUUAAUCAAUAAUAUCUUAGUUGGAUUAUCAAGAGAUGUUUGGAGCUAUAUCUCAAUUAAUUAUUUCGAAUAAAAAAGCAUCAAAUCCGAAGUUGGCUCAUCCACUAUGCCACACAAAGUCAACCCUAUAGAUUUCGAAAAUUGUGAAGGCAACUUAGGCUUAUCAAAUUCCUUAGCUUAACAUUUUAUGAAUAAACUGGUUAUUUCUAGAUAUUAAAGAGAUCUAUCUGAUUCCACAGUAAUGAGGAAUCAUGGAGUAUGCUUAGGAUAUGCAGUAGUAGGAUAUCGAAGUUUAAUAAAAGGACUUGAUAAGAUAUCACCUAAUUACGAAACAAUCUUCAAUGACUUGGAAAAUGUAUUUAUCUGUAUUUUAUCACAUAGCAUUGGGAAGUCUUGGCCGAACCUAUCUAAUAGAUUAUGAGGUAAUAUGGGGUUCCAAAUCCAUAUGAAUAACUCAAGGAAUUAACCAGAGGAUAGAAAAUAACAAAAGAUUCUUUAAGAGAGUUUAUUUCAAAAUUGGCAUUGCCAGAGGAUGUCAAAAAGAAACUUUUGAGCUUAGAACCAAAGGAUUAUAUUGGAAAUGCUGAUAAAAUGGCUAGAUUGAUAUGA